CUUUUGUACAAAGGUCAGUAAACAUACCAAGCUGUUUGAGAUCUCUUGGUCAGCAGUAUGGGUCGGCUUGAUGGGAAGAUCAUACUGCUGUCUGCGGCAGCGCAGGGGAUUGGACGAGCAGCUGCUGUAGCUUUUGCUAAAGAAGGAGCCAAAGUCAUUGCUACAGACAUCAAUGAGUCUAAGCUGCAAGAACUGGAGAAAUAUCCAGGCAUUCAAAUACGGGUUCUGGAUGUCACCGAAAAGGAGCAGAUAGAAAAUCUGGCCAAGGAGAUUGAAAGGAUUGAUGUCCUCUGUAACAUUGCAGGGUUUGUUCAUCAUGGAACCAUUCUGGAGUGUGAGGAGCAACACUGGAACUUCACUAUGAACCUCAAUGUUCGUAGCAUGUAUCUAAUGAUCAAGACAUUCCUUCCGAAGAUGCUUAAACAGAAAUCUGGCAAUAUUAUAAAUAUGUCUUCUGUGGCAUCCAGCAUUAAAGGAGUUGUGAACAGAUGUGUCUACAGUACUUCAAAGGCAGCAGUUAUUGGUCUAACAAAGUCUGUGGCUGCUGAUUUCAUUGAACAAGGCAUCAGAUGCAACUGCAUAUGUCCUGGAACUGUUGACACACCAUCUUUACAGGAAAGAAUCCAAGCGCGGCCUAACCCAGAACAGGCAUUGAAAGACUUUCUAGCCAGACAGAAGACUGGUAGGAUGGCUACUGCUGAAGAAGUGGCCCAUCUCUUUGUGUACUUGGCCUCUGAUGAAUCUGCCUACAUGACUGGUAAUGAACUAAUCAUCGAUGGAGGAUGGAGCUUGUGAUUGACCCUGCCUGCAAAUGGAAAUUAAUAGUAUAAAAGGCAAAAAAUGAGGAUCAUCUUUCU